CUCUUUCUCUCCUCCAUCCUCAGCGUCGCGCCCAUCCUAGCCAGCACACACAAUGGCAGACCGUCUCGCGCAGGUCUCUGGGCACCUCACCAACACGUACGGACGUGGGCUGCUCGCGGGCGAGGUCGCCAUCAUCACAGGUGCAGCACAGGGCAUCGGACGUAGCGCCGCCCUGCUCUUCGCAAAGGAAGGCGCGAAGGUGGUCGUCACAGACUUGGAUGAGGCAAAGGCACAACUCGUCGUCGACGAGAUCAAGAAAUCUGGCGGGGACGCGCUCGCAGUCGGCGGGGAUGUCAGCGCGGAGGACUUUCCCCAGAAGGUCGUCGACGCGACCAUCAAGAAAUUCGGCAAGAUCAACCAUAUCAUCAACAACGCAGGCUUCACGUACGACCGCAUGCUGCACACGACGCCAGACGACGCGUUUGACAUCAUUAUCCGCGUGCACGUCCGCGCGCCCUUCCGCCUCGUCCGCGCAGCCGCGCCGCACUUGCGCAUCAAGGGUAACACCGAGAACCGCUCGAUCGUGAACGUGUCGUCCGUUGCCGGCCUGCACGGCAGCGUCGGCCAGAUCAACUACGCGUCAGCCAAGGCUGCCGUCAUCGGCAUGGCCAAGACGAUCUGCAAGGAAUGGGGCCCCUUCGGCGUGCGCGCGAACACCGUCGCGUUCGGCUACGUCCAGACUCGACUGACCGCCGCGAAGGAGGAGGGCGCAAGCAUCGAGAUCGAGGGCAAGAAGGUCGCGCUCGGCAUCCCGAAGGCGCUUGGCGGGGGCGGGGGCUCGACGCAGGCGAUCCCGCUCGGCCGGCCAGCGUCGCCCGACGAGGCGGCGGCAGGCAUCCUGUUCCUCGCGUCCCCGCUCGCGUCGUAUGUGUCAGGGCACUGUCUGGAGGUCACGGGCGGUUCGGGCAUCUGAGCGCGAUUCCGCCGGGAUGGUUUGACGCGUGGGACAGCGCCGCCGCGUACGCGUUGCCCGUGGGCGCGUCAGCAGCGCAUCUUUGUACCAGUAUACCUGUUGCUUGUUGGAAGCCAUUUGUAGGGUGGGAGUCAAUGCACAUUGUACCCGUUUCUCACUUAUAUCCGGCAUGCCCGUGCGAGACCAGUUCUCGCCUUGC